GCACUUCAGCUUUGUGAUUUCCUGCUGCCACGUCGAACGUUCGGAUUUUCCUGUUAUCUGCAACGUGGCGUCACCUCAGCGCCUGAAUACGUGCUUGAAGCUACCAGAGCCAUGGCGCUGCUUGCUCCCGCCGCGGCUGUCUUUGAGGCGGCUCUACCCGUGCCACGUGCGCCAGAACAGUGGCUCCAGCUUCACGCGUCGCUUCGCGUGGAUUGUUCCUCCUGCCCGUGCGAUCUCGAGGCGCAUUUACAAAGCGCUCUUCUCCAUAGUACGCGCCGCGGCUCAGCAGCCGGAGACACAGCAAGCAGAGGGCGCCGCGAGCCCAGCAGUGGGUGACGGCAGCAUCAGCGACGUUGACGUCAGCAAAGAAAUCUCCAAGGCGGUGAAGAAGACGGCGACACCUUCGCCCCGCGCGCGUCCACCAAGUCCAAGAACCCAGCGGUGCCGGGCUCCGCCCUGUACACCAUCUUCGAGGUGCAGGCGUACCUCUGCAUGGCGCUGGGCGGGCUGCUCUCCUACAACCUCGUGUUCCCCUCUGACGAGCCCGACUCUGGCGGCUCAUGGGCAUGUGGUCCAUCUGGAUGUUCACCAUCCCGUCCCUGCGGGCGCGCGACUGCAGUGAGAACGAGAAGACAGCUCUCAAUUACCUCUUCCUCGUCGUGCCUCUAGUCAACGUCACCCUGCCGCUCGUCUGGAAGUCCUUUGCUGCCGUAUGGUCCGCGGAUGUCAUUGUCUUUUGCACUCUUCUACGCCUGGAAGCUGGAGUGGUUCACAAAGAAGAGCUCCGAUUCGGAUUCAUAGGGCAGAAGACACAUGUUACAGCGUUACGGCGUUACAGGGUAACACGCACCUUCGUCGUCACGCGACGACGUCCGUGUCUUGGUAGUACUAGUAUCCCAUGGGAAUCCCGUCAGCAGCAGCUAACAAUCCUAGGAGUAGCAUCAGCCCAGCAGCUUUAGUGGUGAAUCUCCAUACCGCAGAGGGACCUGUUUUCCAGUGCUUGGUUCGUUGGCGCUCGCUCGUUUGUUCUAGUCUCUGUUUGGGUAUUCGUUUUCCAUGCCAAAAUGCCUUUCUUUUCUCGUUGGAGCUUUCUAGAAACCAAGGCAAUGGGCAUCGCCAACUCGCAGCGUUGCCCUAUCAUGCUCUUCAUGCGUUUACAUUUACAACCUGUCAUGGGCUGGCAGGUUUAUUUACAAGUCAGGCAACAUACCCGUUUUUUGCUGUUCAUCUGAUUUUUGGACGGGGUCUAAUAUUUCGUCUGAACGUCCAUACUUGUUAUAAAAUUUCGUCUGAAUU